AUGAAAGCCAUUUUCAUCUACUUUGUACUUUUGGGAUUUACUGUUGGACAAUUCUUUCCAGGUGGCUGUACAUUCGAGGAGUCCUACAGCAGCUGCGGUUACAGCGUUUCACUAGGAACCAAUGGAUUUACCUGGGAACAAGUCAACUCCUGGGAAAAACCCACCAUGGAUCCCGCUCUGCCUACAGGUUCCUUCAUGGUGGUGAACGCCUCAGGAAGGGCGUCAGGGCAGAAGGCUCACCUCUACAUGCCCACACUGAAGGAGAACGACACCCACUGCAUCGACUUCCUCUACUCUCUCUCCAGUCGAGACGGAGCCAGUCCAGGAACACUCAACGUCUAUAUUAAGGUGAAUGGAGGAGCUCAAGGAAACCCGGUGUGGAACGCCUCUGAUACUGUUACUGAAGGAUGGGUGAAGGCUGAGCUGGCCAUUUCCACUUUCUGGCCCAACUCCUAUCAGGUAAUAUUCGAAGCAGUUUCAGUGCAAGGCCAUCCGGGUUUCAUCGCCAUUGACGACAUAAGAGUUCUGGCUCACCCCUGCCGUAAAGCGCCUCACUUCCUGCGUCUGCAGAAUGUGGAGGUGAACGUGGGUCAGAACGCUACGUUCCAGUGUACCGCCGGAGGGAAAUGGUCCCAGCAUGAUAAACUCUGGCUGCAGCAGUGGAACGGAAAGGACACAGCACUGAUGGUGACCAGGGUCGUGAACCACAGACGCUUCUCGGCGACCGUCAGCGUCGGGGACACAUCGCAGCGCAGCACCAGCCGCUACCGCUGCGUCAUCCGAUCAGACGGAGGGUCGGGAGUGUCCAACUACGCUGACCUGAUCGUUAAAGCUCCUCCCACUCCCAUCGCUCCGCCCGAGCUCCUCGCUGUCGGUGCCACCUACCUCUGGAUCAAACCCAACGCCAACAGCAUCAUCGGGGACGGGCCCAUCAUCCUGAAGGAAGUAGAGUACCGCACCACUUCAGGGAACUGGGCAGAGACCCACGUGGUCGACGCACCCACCUAUAAACUUUGGCAUCUGGAUCCAGAUGUGGAGUACGAGAUUAAAGUCCUGCUGUCCAGACCUGGGGAGGGAGGAACGGGGCCUCCGGGGCCACCGCUGGUCACCAGGACCAAAUGUGCAGAUCCAGUCCACGGCCCCCAAAACGUCAACGUGGUGGACGUCCGAGCCCGUCAGCUGACUAUCCAAUGGGAGACAUUCGGCUACGCUGUGACUCGCUGUCAUAGCUACAAUCUGACGGUCCAGUAUCAGUAUGUGUUCAACCAGCAGGAGUUUGCAGCAGAGGAGUUGAUCCAGACCUCGUCACAUUAUACUCUACGGGGGCUGAGGCCCUUCGUCACGGUCAGGCUGCGGCUGGUUCUCGCCAACCCCGAGGGCAGCAAGGAGAGCGAGGAGAUAGUCAAACAGACGGAGGAGGAUGUACCUGGAUCAGUGCCGAUGGAGUCUCUGCAGAAUACGCCCUACGAAGAAAAGAUCUUCAUGCAGUGGAAAGCUCCCAAUGAGACCAACGGUGUCAUCACGCUGUACGAGAUUACCUACAAGGCCCUGAGCUCAUUGGACCCCAGCGCUGAUUUGACGACCCAGAGAGGAAGGGUGUUCAAGCUGCGGAACGAGACACGCAUCACAACCAAGAUAGCAGCUCCCAUGAUGCCGGAGUACGAGUCUGAGGCUCCGCUGAACGAGACGGAGACCACCAUCACCAUCCUGCUGAAGCCGGCUCAGUCACGAGGAGCUCCCAUCAGCCUAUACCAGCUCGUUGUGAAAGAGGAGCGCAAGUCCAAGACCCGCCGUGCAGCCUCCGAGGCCCCCGAGUGUUUCUCCGCUCCAGUCAGCUUCCGCAACGCCUCCAUCUUGGACUCGUCCUACUACAUCGCUGCCGAGCUGCCUCCGUCCAGCCUCACGGUGGUGCAGCCGUUCACGGUCGGAGACAACAAGAGCUACGGAGGUUUCUGGAACCCUCCGCUGUCACCGGCCAAGAGCUACAGCAUCUACUACCAGGCCAUGAGCAGAGCCAACGGGGAAACUAAAAUCAACUGUGUCCGCCUGGCUAACAAAGUGGUAAUAGGUAGGGGACAAAUAACAACGCCGUACAUUCUAGUCAUCCCAAGCGAAGGUGCCUCCACCCAGGACUCAGACGCCAUGGAGCCUGAGAAGCAGGUGGACAGCACGGUGAAGAUGGCCGGAGUGAUCGCAGGGAUCCUCAUGUUCAUCAUCAUCCUCCUCGGUGUCGUCCUCACCUUCAAGCGCAGAGAGAUUCACACAUGGAGAACUCUGAGCGUGGGAAGACAUGCUUAUUCCUACUCUUAUUACCUCACAGUCCUAACGGAGCAGAACAGUCAUCACAUGCCAAAACUUCUUCUUGAAACAUCCACCCUGUGGCUGUUUGACCCGUCCACCUCUCCGUCUCCCUGUUCCUUCUCGGUGCAAGGAAGCAAAACGCUGCAGAGCAAAUCCCUGCUGAAUUCCUACUACUCAGUGUCCAAAGAGCCAGUUCCAGCCACAACUUCUAUAGAUAGUAGCCAGCCGUCGCUCGCCCAGCCCUCUCUGACCCUGCAGAGUUUUCCCUAUGGAGGCUGUGAGUCUGUGGAGCUCUCCUACCAGAGUGGUCAGUUCCAGGCAGGCCAGUUUCAGCCGGCCAUCCGAGUUGCCGACCUCCUCCAACACAUCACCCAGAUGAAAUGUGGACAGGGCUAUGGCUUCAAGGAGGAGUAUGAGGCCCUAGCGGAGGGACAGACGGCACCCUGGGAAACAGCCAAGAAGGACGAGAAUCGUAACAAGAAUCGCUAUGGCAACAUCAUCGCUUACCCCACAGACGAUCACACCAGAGUCCGACUGCAACUGCUGGACGGAGACCCCCACUCCGACUACAUCAACGCCAAUUAUAUCGAUGGGUAUCACAGACCCAGACAUUACAUCGCCACACAAGGGCCCAUGCAGGAGACGGUGAGGGAUUUCUGGAGGAUGGUCUGGCAGGAAAACUCAGCCUCUAUCGUCAUGGUUACCAACCUGGUGGAGGUGGGCAGGGUGAAGUGUGUGCGUUACUGGCCCGAUGAGACAGAAGUGUACGGAGACAUCAAAGUGACCCUGAUAGAAACCGAACCGCUGGCUGAAUACGUCAUACGGACAUUCACAGUCCAAAAGAAGGGUCAUCAUGAGAUCCGUGAACUCCGUCAGUUUCAUUUCACCAGCUGGCCUGAUCACGGCGUUCCCUGCUACGCCACCGGACUGCUGGGCUUCAUACGACAGGUCAAGUUCCUCAACCCGCCUGAUGCCGGUCCGAUAGUGGCUCACUGCAGUGCCGGUGCAGGGAGGACGGGCUGUUUCAUCGCAGUGGACAUCAUGUUGGACAUGGCGGAGAACGAAGGCGUGGUCGACAUCUUCAACUGCAUCCGAGAGCUGAGAUCACAACGAGUCAACAUGGUUCAGACAGAGGAGCAGUAUGUGUUUGUUCACGAUGCCAUCUUGGAGGCAUGUCUAUGUGGGAACACAGCCAUACCAGUGUGUGAGUUCAGAGCCAUUUACUACAACAUCAGCAGACUGGACCCACAGACCAACUCCAGCCAGAUUAAAGACGAGUUCCAGACUCUGAACAUAGUGACCCCUAGAGUCCGUCCAGAAGACUGCAGCGUGGGUUUGCUACCCAGGAACCACGACAAGAACCGUAGUAUGGACGUUCUAUCAGCGGACCGGUGCCUGCCUUUCCUUAUAUCUGUGGACGGAGAGAGCUCAAAUUACAUCAAUGCUGCAUUAAUGGAUAGCCACAAACAGCCAGCGGCCUUCAUCGUUACCCAGCAUCCUUUGCCAAACACCAUGGGCGACUUCUGGAGGCUGGUGUUUGACUACAACUGCUCUUCCAUUGUAAUGCUCAAUGAGAUGGAUGCAGCACAGUUAUGUAUGCAGUACUGGCCGGAGAAGAGUUCGUGUUGCUAUGGUCCCAUUCAAGUCGAAUUCAUCUCAGCCGACAUCGAUGAAGACAUCAUCAACCGCAUCUUUAGGAUCUGCAACAUGGCCAGGCCACAAGACGGUUAUCGCCUGGUGCAGCACUUCCAGUUCAUCGGCUGGCCGGCCUACAGGGACACGCCUCUCUCCAAGCGCUCCAUCCUCCAGCUGGUCAGGAGGCUGGCGAAGUGGCAGGAGCAGUAUGACGGAGGAGACGGGAGGACUGUUGUACACUGCCUUACCGGCGGAGGGCGUUCAGGAACGUUCUGUGCCAUCUGCAGCAUCAAUGAGAUGAUCCAGCAGCAGAACAUCGUGGAUGUUUUCCACACCGUCAAAACGCUGAGAAACAACAAGACUAACAUGGUGGAGACUAUGGAACAGUACAAGUUCUGCUAUGAAGUGGCUCUCGAGGCUCUCAGCUCCUUCUGA